UUGCGGUGGGGGUGACGAUCGAUCUCCAUCUCCAAGCCUUCUAUUAAAGGCAACAUUUCAUCCCUUUUUCUUCAUUGCAGGCUCAUUCAUUCAUAGCAAUCCUGUAUCUUCUUUUUCUCAGGCGGGACACAUCCCCAGUUUGUGCGUGAAUCGAACCCCAUCACAGCCGUCCAUCUUUAUGAUCACGAUGUUAACUCAAUCCAAUGGUGUUAGAUUCACGCACAAACUCGGGAUAUGUCUCCUCUUUAUAACACUGCCGUAUUUCUCUUAUUUCCCUUUUUUUUUUCUUUUUUUUUGUUUUCCAGUUACUUUUCGUUCCAAAAAUUAAAAAAACCAUUCAUUUUGGCGCCAAUUCGGAUUACAUUUUCCCUCUCAAUUAAUCUGUUCACUCAGUCACAGACUCACAGUAAAAGAAGACACUCGAAUUAGCGAACAGAGGAAAAAUCCCGGGAAUUCUGAUGGCUUCAGCUUCGGAUUUAGGGUCAACGGAUGAUUACGAGGCGUUGAUGUCGAUGACCGAUGUGGAGCUUUUGAAGAGCGCGUGGCGGCAAGAGAAGGCCGCUCCGGAGAUUCUUCAGUUCGAGAGUCGUUUGAUUAAGAGAGUCAGAGAGCAGAUCCAACUGAUGGAAGAAACCGUGGAGGAAUUUACUGAAAGUGGUUUUGAUCCACUUACUGUGUCACUCUACCAGAUGGAUUUGGACAGGACUCAGUUCUUGUUGAGAUCUUAUCUACGAAUUCGUUUGCAGAAGAUUGAGAAAUACAUGUUUCACAUCUUUGCUACCGCCGAACUUCUAACACGUCUAUCUAAAGAGGAGAAAUGGUUUAUUGAAAGGUGCUGUGUUGAUUUGCAGACGCAUCUUGAAAAGAGUGUCCUGUCGCAAUUGCCUUAUACUUAUCAGUCUAUAUUUCAGCAAUCUGUAAUUAAUGAUGAGACUGACAUGGUGGCAAAACCGCAAUUGGACACAUUUAUUGUCUGCAAAACCAAGUAUUAUCUUGGACAUAUCCAGCUUGAGGACAAUGCAGAUGGAGAACCAGAUGGCAGUGGGAGCCAGAAACCAUUGGAGGAGCCUUUUGAGAUGGAGCCCAAUGUUUUAUACUUUGUACGUUAUAAAGCAGUGAAGAAAUUUGUAGAGGAAGGGAAGAUUGAUUUAUACUGAGUAUCCAGCAUCUUGGGGUAAAUAGCUUUGAGACCUCCUCUAUCUCAAAAUAUGAUAUCAUUGUAUCUCCCCACCUCUUGCCUUACCGGUUUCUUGAGAAACUAUUAACAUGGCAAGUCAUGGGAGUGAGUUUUCGAGCAACAUUGAAUUGAAUGGUUUUCUAUCUACGUUUCUUUGGGGUAAAAGUCAUUUUUGAUUUAUGUAGUUAGUUAGUUUUACCAUUUUGGUCCCCAUAGUUUCAAUUG